AUGGCGAUCGACUUUACCGGCCACGGCAACACUCUCGACACGACGAACGGCGCGAUGGAUGGAGUUCAGCCCCCUGACGACAUGCCGGACCUUGUGGACGUGAGCGAUCUGUAUGAUGACGCGUGGGACGACAUGCCGGACCUCGACGAAGGCAGCGAGUCGGAUGGGGACGCAGAAACGGGAUGGGUGCAGGCUGGUGAACGCACCGAGAGCUCGCUCGCAUUGGGCUACACGACCUGGCCCGAAGCGAUACCUGUCAACAUUGCACUCGAAUGGGUCGACAUGGCUUCGCCAAUAUACGUCAACAAUAGGAGCCCCUUCGGGGCUCCCUUCGGAGGGGCAUUCGAGCCGGUGGGCGAGCCCCGCGCCGCACUUGCAGGGCGAGCAGCCAGGGAUGGCCCGACCAGUGAUGGCGACGUGGAUGCACGCGGAGGUCCUAUCCCUGGCGACCUUCAGCACGCCCCUGCUGGCGUCGAGUCACGCACCAGGAACGUUUCACGCGCGAAUCUCGCUCUCCUCCUGGAGUACUUCACACGCACCCCGGCGAACUCCCAAGACCGGACGGCAGACGAUAAUGGUGAUGGCAAUGUGGACAGGUUUCCUGCCAGUGCGAGCGGCCCACAGGUGCAGGACAACGACUAA